GCAGAGAUGUUAAGCCUGUUAAAAAAGGAGAUCGAAUCCAAGAAGCGGUCCUUGGAGGAGAGCAACGUGAUGGAGGGCGACAAGAGGUACUUCAAGCGGGCCGAGUUGAGCGCCCGCCAGGCAGAUGCCUACUGGAAGAGGCUCGGCGUCGGGCCCCGGGACGGGAAUGAGGGAGAAGACGGCGCCUCCAACAAUGAGGGCGAGGCCUCGCGGUCGCAGGACAAGGUGAACCAGGAGGUGGGUGACGCGCCAGAGCUCCCCCGCGCUGAGGUCCUCCGGAGGCUGAGGGAGAGGGAGGAGCCCAUCCUGCUCUUCGGCGAGACGGAGCACGACGCCUUCAAGAGACUGCGGAGGCUGGAGAUCCUGGAGCCGGAGGUGAACCGGGGUCUGAGGAACGAUUUCCAGGAGGCCUUGGAGCGGGUGGACCAGGCCUACCUCAACGAAAUCCUGAAGACUGAAGGGGGAGACGGCGUCCGAAAUGUUUCCCUCACGGGCGAAAUCAUCACGAUGGAAAGCCUGAUCGAGACGGCGAAGGACCUCAACAACGGCAACGCCUCGUUCGAGCUCAGGUGCAAGGUUAUCCUCAAGUUCGUCGAGCUCAUCUUGCACCUGUGGGGCAGCAAGCACAACGCGCGUCCGGAGGCGGAGAAGCUCAGCGUCCGGGGCAAGAUGGAUUCCGCGACCUACACGCAGACGCAGUCGUACCUGAAGCCCUUGAUCAAGUGCCUCAAGAAGAGGUCUCUACCCGACGACAUCAUGGAGUGUCUGACGGAGAUCGUGCAGCACUGCCUGGAGCGCGAUUACGUCAAGGCCAACGACGCCUACCUGCAGAUGGCCAUCGGCAACGCCCCCUGGCCCAUCGGCGUGACCAUGGUGGGCAUCCACGCGCGAACAGGGCGAGAGAAGAUCUUCAGUAAGCACGUCGCCCACGUCCUCAACGACGAGACGCAGCGGAAGUACAUCCAGGGCCUCAAGCGACUCAUGACCAAGUGCCAGCAGUACUUCCCGGCCGCGCCUUCGAAGUGCGUCGAAUACCAGGCGGUCGCGCAGUGAAAAGACACAAGGCUGAACUCCGGGAAAUGUCAGGUUGUAAAUUUCCUCGGUCCCUUACCUGGAAACGGGUUCAUGUCCUGUGCAAAAUAGGUGGAGGGCAGCAGAACAUGAAUGGCGAGCUGAACAGGAUGAAUGAACACUUUCCGAAAAUUCACGUUGAAAAUAUAAGCAAAUAUUUUACUGUCCCAGCUCAUGAAUAUGAGUUAACAUUUUGCUAAACUUCAAGAAUAAGAUAUUUUUGAUUUUGUACCAGUUCAGGGAGUGUAGUUCUCUUAAAGGAUUCACAAUUUUUAGAUGAAUGCCUAUGUAGUAAGAUUUCACCAUAUGUUUUCAUAUUUAUAUUUGGUGAAAAAGGAAACAAAUUAGAGGUAACAGAAUAAAUAUAAAAUGAAAUAACAGUUACUUACAUUUGAAAUAACUUACAAUCUACAGUAAUAGAGCGAUACGAUCCUACAAUUUGCUGUAUGCUAAUGUAUUGUAAGAAGUAUAUGUACAAUAUAUAUGUAUAAGAUAUUCAUUUCAUUCAAACUUAUCAUCAAACAUUGUCCAUAUAUUGUUCACACGUAUAUUUUGGCAAUUUUACUAAUUGCCUUGCAUAUAUCAUUUUUUCUUCGUAUAAGAAAUAAAAGUUGAAAUUUUUAA